CUUACACAAAAAAGCUUAUUUUCACAAAAGUCUGGAAAACAUAUCAAGACGACUCAUUCUUUCUGUCAAUAAAGGUUUCUUUCAUUUUUGUUUUCUGUGGGCUCAAUAUUGAAUUCGUUUCUAUUUAUAAUAGCGACCUAAUCAUUGGUUUUUUACCGUUUAGUUGAAUCUCGCAAUCUUACAUUUCGCGCUGUAUCGCAAACGCAAUCUGAUAUUACUGAACUAUAAUUUGCUUCGUUAUCCAUAAACAGCCUAGGGAUUUUAGAACUAUUUGAACAAGUUGACCUUACAAGGAAGGUUUUUCAAGUAUCCAUUUCUUAUUACAAAUAUAGCAGAACAAAAAAAAAAUACCUGUCUUCUAUAAAAUUUGCGCUAUAAAUUAACUUCAAAUAUCAGCAAAAUGAGUAAGGCAAUGGCACUGCGUCGCUUGAUGAAAGAGUACAAGGAGUUGACUGAGAAUGGACCGGAUGGAAUUACAGCUGGUCCUUCGAAUGAGGAUGAUUUUUUUUUCUGGGAUUGCCUAGUUCAGGGACCAGACGGUACUCCAUAUGAAGGUGGUUUGUAUCCGGCGUCUCUUAAAUUUCCCUCGGAUUAUCCUUUAGGUCCUCCCACGUUAAAAUUUGAGUGCGAGUUUUUUCAUCCUAACGUCUAUCCAGAUGGUACAGUCUGUAUUUCUAUUUUGCAUGCUCCUGGUGAUGAUCCAAAUAUGUAUGAAUCGUCAUCUGAACGAUGGUCACCAGUUCAAUCUGUAGAAAAAAUACUGCUUUCUGUGAUGUCUAUGCUGGCGGAACCUAAUGACGAGAGUGGUGCCAAUAUAGAUGCCUGUAAGUUAUACAGAGAAAAUUAUGAGGAUUAUUGCCGUGUUGUUCGAAAGCUAGCUCGAAAAACUUUGGGCCUUUAAAAUGGUAUUCAAAAAAAUAGAAGUAUAGACUUAUACGUUUAUUCUAUUGUCACUCUUUUGUAUCCAUUACUCACCUUUCUUCCCUAUGUUCCUCAUAUAAGCCCUUAAGAUCCUUCAGUUACAAUUAUUUAUGUACAAGCAAAUAAAUUCAUCAACGCAAAUCUAGUGAUAUUGUAAAGAGCAUGCAUGUAUAAUUAAGCUGCUCCUGUACACCCUAAGGAGAAAAAAACC